UGCGGUAAGUGUAUACACAUAACUAUUCGCAUACCAUUGCAUAUACGUAUAUAAUAUCCAAGAAACACGAGGAACUAUUUAUCGCUCCUUUAAAGUUUCCCGAUCACAAAAUGACUGAUCAUUAUCAUUAUCAUCAUUACAAUUGCUUUUAUUCAUUGUUCAUUAUUCUGUAUUGCUUUUUAUGUAUUAAAUUCAUUCAAACAAUUGAUAGAACAGAAUUAAAUGAAUUAAAUAUAUAUGAUCCAAUGAAAUGUCGUUCUGGAAAUUAUCGUGGCAAAGUGAAUAUAGCAUUUGAUGGAACAGAAUGUUUAGAUUGGAUAGAUCAUAAAUCAUUUUAUAAACCAUAUUGGUCUGAUGAUGAAGCUAGAAAACAUAAAAAUUAUUGUCGUAAUCCAGGAAAUGAUUCUUCUGGUCCAUGGUGUGUUGUUGGUAUAGGAAGAUUUAAAUAUUGUGAUGUACCAAGAUGUGUUCAUUUCGUCCCAUGAUAUCUUCAUAUCCGGUGUUUUCCAUUCCGACUUUGGCGUUUAGUUUUUCCAGCACAAUAGUUAUGGUCGACUGCAGCCACUCGUAAAACUGAUCUUUAUCGUCUUUAUUGCUAUCAUUGGUUGAUGCAUAACACUGUAUAAUAUUCAUUGUGUUUCCCUCCUUUUUCGUUUUGAAGGAUACCUUGAUGAUCCUGCAUCUGUGAGAUUCCCAUCGCAUAAGUGCAUUAUAUGCUUCUUUAGACAGAUUUAGAGCAACUUCUUGAAUGUGUGAAGCAUUUUCUUCUUCGUGACCAGAGUACAGCAGCAUCUCUCCAGAAUCUGUCCUUUUCUGUUCAGCUUGGAUGCAAAGGAUUUCACUUAUUCCAAGCACCGUCAAGUUGCAUCUCCUCACUUUCAUAACUAUUUGACUGGUCCUCCCGGUCACCCACAUUGUCCGAACGUCCCAUGUACCUACUAACAUUAUCCACAAC